GGAGACAACUGGGCAGUAGAAGAGGUGAUUCGGAUCCCGGCCAAGGAAGUGACGGGAUGGAUUCUGCCCAAGAUACCAGCCUUCACCGUUGAAAUCGUCAUCUCAAAGGAUGACAAGUACCUGUAUCUGAGCAACUGGCUGCACGGAGACAUCCGCCAGUACGAGCUCUCCAAAACCUGCAAGCCCAGGCUGGGGGGCCCAGGCGGACAAGGUGUCUCUCGCUUGCAGGUGUUUGUGGGAGGCAGCAUCCUCAGAGGUGGGCCCGUGGCCGUGUGUAGAGACGAAGAGCUGAAGUGCCAGCCGGAGCCCUUGGUGGUCAAGUGCAAGCGAGUGUACGGCGGCCCGAGUAAACUGCAGCUCAGCGUGGAUGGCAAGAGGCUGUACGUCACCAACUCCUUCUACAGCGCCUGGGACAGGCAGUUCUACCCAGACUUGGUCAGGGAAGGCUCUGUCCUGCUGCAGAUUGAUGUGGACACUGAGCAAGGAGGCCUGACCGUGAACAAGAAC